GUAAGUUCUUGGUUUCCUGUAUGAAUGGUUAAUGCAAACCACGUGGUGUGAAAGCAGACUGCAGCUUCUUUUGUUCAAAUCAAUCAAACCGGAGACGGACAGAGAGCUGCAGAAUCAGGAAAUCACCGCUUCUCAUCAAAAAAAUGCCACGCAAGAAGGUGACAGACAUCUCAGGGAAUGGUGGGAUGAAAAAGAAGAGGGCCAGCGGAAAAAGGAAAGAGAGGGACUUUAGCAGCGAUGAUGAGUUUGACUACGAGCAGGAGAACAACAAAAAACCUGGCAAGCCUGCUGCCAAGUCUGGUCUCCAGCCUGUCACAGUGGCAGACGAUGUCAAAGAAAAAAUAAAACUUGAGUGCCCAAAGGUAAAAGGUCGACUGCUCAUCUUUGGAGCAACUAACUGGGAUUUGAUUGGAAGAAAGGAGGUGCCCAAACAACAAGCUGCUUUCCGUAACUUGGGCCAAAAUCUGUGGGGUCCUCACCGCUAUGGCUGUCUGAAUGAUGUUCAAGUGAGCUGUGUGGUGUCUGGUCCCUGUGCUGCACACAGUCUCCUUAUGACCACUGAGGGCAAGCUGUGGAGCUGGGGUCGUAAUGACAAAGGUCAGCUGGGUCAUGGUGACACCAAGCGCCUGGAGGCUCCCAAGUUAAUUGAGACCCUGGCAGAUCAUGUGAUUGUUGCUGCAGCCUGUGGACGCAAUCACACCCUGGCACUCACAGAGGAUGGCAUAGCAUACUCUUUCGGUGAGAAUAAGCUGGGCCAGCUUGGCCAAGGCAAUCAGACUGAUGCAGUCCUCAGCCCAGCACCAAUUUCCUACAAUGGCCAGCCAUUGGUGAAGGUGGCUUGUGGUGCUGAAUUCAGCAUGGUGGUGGACUGCAAAGGAAACCUGUACUCCUUUGGCUGCCCAGAAUAUGGACAACUGGGUCACAACAGUGAUGGGAAGUUCAUAGCUCGCGCACAACGCAUUGAGUUUGACUGUGAGCUCAUUCCUCGCCGUGUCGCUAUCUUCAUUGAGAAGUCCAAGGAUGGCCAGAUAAUGCCUGUGCCUAAUGUGGUGGUCCGAGAUGUGGCCUGCGGGGGUAACCACACACUGGUGCUGGACUCUCAGAAGCGAGUGUUCAGCUGGGGUUUUGGUGGUUACGGACGUCUGGGCCACACAGAGCAGAAAGAUGAGAUGGUUCCCCGACUGGUCAAACUGUUUGACUUUCCUGGACGUGGUGCCAGUCAGAUCUAUACAGGCUAUCAGUGUUCCUUUGCUGUCAGUGAGAUGGGGGGCCUGUUUUUCUGGGGGGUGACGAACACUUCCAGAGAGUCAACCAUGUACCCCAAAGCUGUGCAGGAUCUGUGUGGCUGGAAGAUCCGCAGUCUGGCAUGUGGGAAGAGCAGCAUCAUUAUUGCUGCAGAUGAGAGUACGAUCAGCUGGGGCCCCUCGCCCACAUUUGGAGAGCUGGGAUAUGGAGACAACAAACCUAAAUCCUCCACCACGGCUCAGGAGGUCAAGACUUUGGAUGGCAUCUACAUUGAGCAGGUGGUGAUGGGCUACUCUCACUCUCUGGUUAUUGCCAGACAGGACACUCUGCAGGAACAGGAGAAACUGAAAAAGCUGCCUGAGUACAACCCCCGAACAAUCUGAUUGGACCUGCAACAUCAACACCUCAACCUUCACAGGAGCAGAGACUAGCAAUGCUCAGCAGGAAUACCUGGCCUGUUUAGUCACUACUGUUCAUGGUGGUAUGCUAGUGGGAUGGUUGAGUUCAGAGAGAAGCACUCAAAAGUCUGAAAGAUAUCCACACAUCUUAACUACCAGCAAACUGGUUCUGCACCAAUUUGGACACUGAAAUCAGAGAAAAUGGGACUGGAGAUGGACAAAUCCUCUGGAUGGUCCAUCUUUAAUAAUGUGUAAUAAUUGUCAAGAUAUCUUCACUUCCCACCUUGAGUGAAUGUGCAAUGGUUUGCUCCAAGCACUACACACCUAGCAGAGUUGUGCUUCCCAAAUCCUUUUCCAUUUUGUAAUACAGCCAAACAUUGAUGUAUUCAUGUCUCUUCUGUUGUUGUUUUCUUGCAGUAUUUGAAAUGAUAGAGUUGUUUGUCACAUUUACGGGUGCUACAGCAAAACCCUCAGUCUGAGAGGUUUUCAGAGACCAACACUUCAUACCUGUGCCUUUUUCUAUGUGUAUGUUCAGGAUAUGGAAGUCUUAUUUGUGUUGUUCAGGGGAUCAGCGGAUCAGUCUGAUUUAAUGUAUAUGGCAGUAUGAGCAGAGACCUGUACUAUGAAACCAGGAUAUGAGGUUAGCAAAGUACCUUCAGUCGUAUGACCGCUAAGCAAGAACGUGCUUGUUAAGUUUAGAAAAGCCAGAAAAUGAAAAAGAGAUCCUGAAUAUGUUGAACUUGCUUUGUAGUACAGGCCUCAGGUGUGUGUCUAGCUGCCACAGAUUAAAAACAGGAUUUGGAACAUAAUGUUCUGAGUUAGUGCACUCCACUUGAUGUUACAUUCCUUUUGUCUUCAGUCUUCAGUGUUUGCAUCAAGGAUACACAAGUCAGUCCUUCCAAGACCACGGUGUCUGCUAGCUCUAGUCUUUGCUAAUUUGCAGUGCUCAAAGUGGAUUCACAAGCAGGUGCUGUCUGGAAAUGCUUCAGUGUGUCAGGGGGUGCUGGAAAUAAAGCAUGUCCUUGUGUUUUUUCCUAUCUGUACUGAAUUCUUUUUAUAGUGAAAUUUCUCUGGCCUAUAUUGUUUUUUUCAUUGAAAUGAUUAAAUAAAGAUUGAUGUAAAUUGA